AUGCGAAUCUCUAUCGAUGCCCUCGCCUUCCUGCGGGGCCGUGUCUCGUGGACAUGUGCUCGGUGCAGAAGUCUCCCACAGACUCCUAUACACAAAUCCCGAAGGCGCUUUGCCUCCUAUCACGGACCGGUGAGGGUAGUGAGGCCCCGGCAGGCCGUGUAUUGGGCGGCCGCGGGUGGAGGUGUUGCUGGCGCAGGAGUCCUUGCCUUCGGGGACAAUAUCAAGCAUGGCUGGCUGGCUGCAGAGAGGACGGGAAGGGUCGUUUCCACCUUGGUGGUCUGUAUCAACGACUACCGAGUCACGCUGAACGAGAAGUACGAGGAUCCCGAAGAACACACGAAGAGCCUCAAGGCCUGCCAUAAACGCUGCGCUGAUCGAGUCCUCAAGGCAAUGGAGGCCAACGGGUCAAUAUUCAUCAAGCUGGGCCAACACAUAUCGUCCAUGGGAUACUUGUUGCCUCUUGAGUGGACCGAGACAUUUGUGCCUCUCCAGGACAAGUGUCCCGUCUCGUCCUAUGAGUCGAUAGAAGACAUGUUCCUCCGAGACACGGGACGCCGGAUAGAGGACGAUUUUGCCGAGUUCGGCAAGGAACCCAUUGGCGCGGCGUCCCUGGCGCAGGUCCAUAUCGCAGUCCUGAAAGACACGGGUCAGACAGUGGCGGUGAAGGUUCAACAUCCCGCCCUCGAGGAGUGGGUGCCACUCGAUCUCGCCCUGACGAGAUUCACCUUCCGGAGUCUGAAGCGAGCUUUCCCCGACUAUGACCUCGAAUGGCUGAGUAAUGAAAUGGACUUUUCUCUACCACAAGAGCUCGAUUUUGCGCUCGAGGGUCAGAACGCGACCUACGCCCGCAACUACUUUGGACGGAAUACAAAGUUUCCCCUCAUUAUACCAAAAGUCAUGUCGGCGAGCAAACGGUUCCUCGUCAUGGAGUACGUGACCGGAGCCAGGGUGGACAAUCUCGCAUAUCUGAAGGAACACAGUAUUUCGCGGGACGAGGUGUCCGCGACGCUGGCUCGGAUUUUCAACGUCAUGAUCUUUGCGCGAAACGCGCCCCUACACUGUGAUCCACACGCAGGGAAUAUCGCCAUUCGCCACAAUCCAACCAGGAGAUACCCCUACAACUUUGACAUUGUGCUGUACGACCAUGGCCUCUACCGCAUGCCGGAUGACAAGUUACGGAAGGACUACGCGAAGCUUUGGCUCGCCGUCAUUGAUGCUGAUGAGGCGAGAAUGCGUAAAUAUGCCUACGAGGUCGCCGGGAUAGGCGAAAAGGAAUUUCCUUUAUUCGCCUCAGCCAUCACUGGUCGAGACUACCGCGUGCUUGUGCGCAAACAGCUCACUACGUCGCUUCGGGAUGUAAAUGAGAAGGAAGGCAUCAAUGAGGUCUUUGGCGAGGACUUCCUUCAGCAGCUCGUGCAACUUCUUGGGCAUGUGCCACGGAUCAUCCUUCUCAUUCUCAAAACCAACGACCUCACUCGAAGUCUGGACGAGGCGCUGGGUUCGACGCAGCCCAUGAGACCUAUGCUGAUCUUGGCUAAAUAUGCAAGUUGGACCGUCUGGCAGGACGAGAAAGAUCUGAUCAAGCGAAGGGGUGGUUUCCUGAGACCGCAGAAUUGGUUCAGGCUCCUACGGGCGUGGAUCCAGUUUUUGAGGAUUGAGGUGAAGCUGUUUGGGUAUGAGCGAUACUUGUCGAUAAGGAGGCACCUUGGUGUGGAGGGAUAG